CAACCAGCGAUAAGCAGUCGAACCGCGAAUUUCAUAUCGACAGCACGUUAUGUUCGCGUCACUCGUUUAAUUUACGACGCGUUCGGAUUUCGAAUAAUGGCAUAUUUUCUUUAUUUUAUAGUGAAGUGACAGUGACGAUUGUGACAAUUUAUAACUAAAAUUUACAAUUAACUGUGAAAGUGUUUUAACUGGAGUUAGAAGUGUUUAAUUGUUUCUGUUUCGUUGUUCACAAAAUCAUUUAAACUGUCAGGAACAGGACUGGAAAACAGUGUGUCAUUUUGAAAGAAAUUUCUUGACUCUUUCUGACAAAUUAUGGUACGCUGUGAUGAAAAAGGACAAAACUUGGUGCAUGAAUGGAGGAUUUAAUAACGUGGUUGUAAACUGUAGCCUAAGGUCGGAAAUUUUCUUCCCGAUCACCGGCGCUAAUGAAGCAAUCUGCAAGCGGAAUAUUGAACUAGCAGCCACUCGAACCGACGUUUAAGUGCAAUAAAAUAACACUCCCAAGCGACAAAUCCAAACAAAACUAACCUCUAUAAUCGAAAGCAAAAGGAACAUAGUCCUCCUAAACGAAUACACAAUCCAAUGGCUCUGUGCGGAAUUGGAAAGACAAUCCAAGCGAUAUGUCAAUUAAAACACAAUCGAGACUGUAAUCAAUUUCGUGAGCCCAAGACGCGACUCCUUCGCGAGGUUAAACAUCAGACCUGAUUUAAUUAUUUUGAAAGAAUAGAGUUAGUCAAACGGAGAAACCUGAUGUAUGGUACCAAAAGAAAAAAAGUAAUCGACCCAGUCAGGGACUCGUAUGGCGUCUCAAAAUAACUCGCACUAUUCACGACCUAGCUUGGUUACUUUAUCUUCGUAUCUUCUCAUAUUCGUAUCUUUAGUAUUGCAAGCAGACUCGGCGUUCGCCUCAUUCGAUUUCAAUUCAACUUUCUCAGGAGUCAAUACUACCAAUCCCAACUCGACGCUCAAUUGGACUUUUUACGAUAACAACGCGACGGUUGUGAAGCAUCUCCAUAUAAAGCAUUUGAAAUAUUCCACCCUCGUAACUGUGCUAUUGGCAGCGAUUUUUAUGAUAGUCAUAUUCGGUACAAUAGUUGGAAAUAUUUUGGUUUGUGUCGCCGUUUGUUUAGUGAGAAAACUGAGACGACCCAGUAACUAUUUAAUCGUUUCGCUGGCAGUAAGCGAUCUGUGUGUUGCGAUUAUGGUGAUGCCAGUUGCAAUGGUGUACGAUCUAAUGGGGUCAUGGCCUUUUGGACCUGUCAUAUGUGAUUUCUGGGUAUCGAGUGACGUUUUAUCGUGUGCGGCGAGCAUAUUGAACUUAUGUAUGAUAUCCGUGGAUCGAUAUUAUGCAAUAACGAAGCCUUUAGAAUAUGGAGUUAAACGGACGCCGAGGAGAAUGCUUUUCUGCGUUUUUAUUGUAUGGAUGAGUGCUGCUUUUAUUUCCCUCCCACCAGUAUUAAUAUUAGGUAAUGAGAAAUCGGACACGUCAUGCUCCGUAUCACAGAAUCAGGGUUAUCAAAUUUAUGCAACCUUUGGUUCGUUUUAUUUACCAUUAACGGUUAUGGUGGUGGUGUACUAUAAGAUUUUCAGUGCUGCGAGAAAAAUUGUGAAAGAUGAAAGAAGAGCACAAUCGCACUUAGAAUCGCACUGCUAUUUAGAGAUAAAUGUUAAAAAUGGAGGGGCAGCCGAAGCUAAGCUUUUGGGAAAUCAGCCCCAGAACCCUACAAGAGGUUCCACAGCGAGUACGAAUACUACUUGCAGCGUCGAUAAAGCAGAAAACUCAAUAGGAAGAUGCUUUUCCGGACGGAAAUCAAACGAAUCACAAUGCCCUAUGUUACAACCACCAAAGACUCCAACCAAACCGAUACACACGAUCAAUCGCGCAGCCUCCCAAAAUUUAAAUCCAGAUAGUAAUCUAAAAGAAAGGCGAAGACCAUCUUCAGAUAAUCAAAAACAAACUAGUAGAAUUCGCUCAUCAUUAUCUACUUUCGCACAUAAAAGUCACAUUGCCAAGGACUUACUGCAUCCAGUCAACUCUCCACAUCAGAAAAAACUCAGAUUUCAUCUAGCUAAGGAGCGGAAAGCAUCAACUACUCUCGGAAUAAUAAUGUCAGCGUUCAUUGUAUGUUGGCUGCCUUUCUUUGUGCUGGCCUUAAUUAGGCCGUUUGUUAACGAAGAUACAAUUCCUGAUGCCGUCAGCGCUCUCUUUCUAUGGCUCGGGUACUUAAAUAGCCUUCUCAACCCAAUAAUUUACGCCACUCUGAACAGGGAUUUUAGGAAGCCAUUCCAAGAAAUUCUCUUCUUCCGAUGCUCAAAUUUAAAUCAUAUGAUGCGUGAGGAAUUCUACCACAGCCAAUAUGGGGGGCCAGAACCGCAUUAUUGUGUGAAUAACUCGAAAAACCAGAACUAUGAUGAGGGUGUGGAGAUUGUAUCUGCCGUGGACCGAGAAGAGACGAGGGCAACUGAGAGCUUUCUAUGAUUGUCAAUACCCCAGGUCGAGGACCUAGAUUCUGUGAUCUAAUUAAGACUUUGCAAGGUGUCGUGCUGUUAGUAUUAAACAUGUACCAAUCAAACUAGUCGUCAUAGUCGGUUUAAUAUUUCUUUGUAUUUUUUACUAAAUGACUCAAACUUUAAUUCCCUUAUAAUUGAAAAACUUUGAAAAUAUAUUUCUAACGUUUUGUGGAUUCUUUUUAACCUUGAACGCUUAGGAACAAACUCGGAUUUGAAUGUUGGCUAUUCAGUAAAGGGGCCAAGGAUGAGUUAAAAUUUAGAAACUGUGAAAAGUGAGUCUUUGUUCUUUCAGAACAAAAAUUAGGGUGAAGUGAUUGAUACCAAACGGCGCAAUGUAAAUAUUUGAACUGACACCCGAUUGUUUGACACACCCAUAUAGCCAUACAUAUUCGCUGAGGGUAGUUGUAGUCACGCCGUUUUUCAGUUUACUUAACCCUACAUCUUUCAACGUGCAAAUAUUUGACGUAACCAAUAUAUUUAUUGAGGUAACGAACUGUGAACAAAUUCGACUUUAAAAGUCGAAAAAGAUUUUAAAUGUCACUAACGUAUGCCAUCUCCAUUUCCAUUAGUUGGUCCAUAAAACAUAAAGGCGAUUUAUCUGCUAGAAAUAUGAUAUAGACGUGUCUUCAAAGGAAAUCUGCGAGCUAUUAAGUCUACACGGCUGUGGGCUUUUUGAAACAAAUACUGCAUUGUGUUCAAAGCCUUUGAAAUCUUACCUAUUCCAGGUAUACGCCAGCAUCGUUUUAGCUCAAGAUUUGUAGGCAUUUUAUCGUCGGACAAAUAUAUCUUACUUUCUCUCUCUUUCAUUCAGUGCUCUAUAGUACUAUGUAAAAAAUGUUCCCCGACCACAAAUAAUAGAGCAGAGUUGGCCUAGUGGCAGCAUGGGACUCUCCUCAAGGUUUUAGGUUCAAUAUCCGGCUGUGCACCAAUGGAAUGGUUUUGUGCGCAUUUAACACUUGCUCGGACGGUAAAGGAAUUCAUCGUGAGGAAACAUUGCAUGCCUUAGUCACCAAAUGUCUUUCAGGCACAAGGUUAAUCCUAAUUGCCUAUUAUAAUAUAGAAAUGAUCACGUAAGAGAUACAAAAAUCUGAAGCUUAGACCUAAAAAGAUCAUCACUGGAACCGCUAAAAACAAGUGACAAAAAUAAACAUAAAAGACAAAACGGCCUAUUAUUCAGAUACUUCAUAUAUAUUGGUAACUUUUUAUCUCAUCCAAGAUUCCUAUAUAUAUAUCUUAUACAGAAAUAUACACAUUAAUUCAUGACAAAACAUAUAACAAAAACACUUUCAAUGUGUUAAAAAUGUAUUGUAAAGGCAGUGUGAAGGAAAACAAGAGAAAACAAAAAACUGUUUUAGUUUUCCUCCUAAAAUAACACUGAAUUUUUACGAAUACAGGCGUUUCUGCCUAAGAAGCUUAAAGCUAAGUAAAGGGCAGUGAAAUUCAUAAAGUAAUUCCAUUUAAUUAACAUUCAUACCAAUAUUGUUUGGAAUUCAAAAACAGUAGACCAUAAUAGACCAUUUUGAUACAAUGUCUAUAACCUAUUUUAUUAUAAGUUUUUUAACCAAGGGAUUAAGUAACCAGUAAUUAAGUUACCAAAGAGUCCUAGCUAUAAAAAUGUAACUUGAAUUUAUUGUACCAAGCAUGAGACUUUAUCGCUAUCGUAUAGUUUACUAUUGUAGCUGAUUAAAGAUGGAGAAAGAUUAUAAUCUAUGUAUUUCACUAUAUUUACUACAUUAUACAAUUAAAUUAACAUCUAAUAAAUUUAAAAUCAAACAAUCAUGGCCACUUGUAUGUAUGUGCGGUGUAUACCAACGCACUCUUGCAUUUAAUACAUUUGUUUAUGACGCACAGAAUUUUGCAUAUUAAUUUUUAAUUAAAAGUGUUUUAUUCGCGUAUAUGACGUAAAAAAACUUUU